AUGUUCGAUGAACGUACGUGCGCUAUGCCAACGCGCAGACUGAUAUACGAAACAAGAACUCCGCUACGAGGACUCCUGUACCGAUCACAUGCUAGCACAUUUGUCGGUCACCGACGCUAGCAUCGUGCUGUCAUCAUUUUCCCAAAUGUAACCUAGAUUUAGAGCAAUGCUACAUACAGUAGGUGGGCUAACUCAUGAAAUGUCAACCGGAAUUCCGGAAUGCGUUUUCGUUUCGGAAAGAUUAAUUGAAUUGGAUUGUAAAACUAAUCAUCAUGAAGGAUAAUUCUAUAAUAAAUCAGUUACCUAGGGAUGCUGGCUUUCGAACGAACCUCUUUCCGCUUGCAUGUAAAAACUGCACUCUGUAAAAAAUGUCUACUUAAUUAGCAUGCAUUGAUUUUUGAUAUGCAUAAAAAUUCCAUUAUAUUUCAUGAAAAGCACGCAUAAAGGCAUUCAUCCUCUUGCUCAUUUGGUAGCGAAUGACGUCUCCUUUCACUUUUAUACUCGACAGAAGGGUGUAAUUCUGUUUUUAAAAGUUUAUAAUUGUGGGAUUUUUUAAUACCGUUAAAUGGCCCUUCAUAAAACGUCAUGUCUCUGCAUUUACCAAUUUGGCUUGUAAAGUUAAGAAUGUGGCGUAAAUCCACUGCUUCAUUUUAUGAACCUCAUAUGACCUCAUCUAAAUACGGUAGGGAAAUGUAUGGGUUUCCGUACGCGGAAGUUAUACGGCUUUAGUGUCGAAACCCUGAAUGCAAGUGUAACGGUAGGUCGGGUUGAAAAUUAUUCGGGAAUUGGAAUAGUUUUAUUAGACAGAAUUAAACCCUUCCAUCGAGUAUAAAAUUUAAAGAACACUUAAUUUUCUACUGAAUGAACAAAAGAAUGAAUAUUUUUAUGCAUGUUUUCCAUGAAAUAUAAUCGAAUCUUUAAGCGCAUCGGACAUCAAGUAAAAAAUGCAUGCUGUUUAAGUACUUAAGUAGUCAUUACGGAGUAUGGUGUUUGGAUGCUGCCGGAAAGAAGUUCCUUCAAAAGCCGGCGUCCUGGGUUAACUGAAUUAUUAUAGAAUUGUGCUGCACGAUAAUUGGCUUUACAACCUUACUUAAUUAAUCUUUUCGAAACGGAAACGCAUUCCGGAAUUUCGGUUGACAUUUCAUGAGUUAACCCACCUAUUGUGCGUGUUUACUGUUUUAGCAGCAACUUGUAGAGCUAUGCAAUCCACUAUCCAAUAUAUCACUAAAUGAUACAUCGUGUUAAAAUGUUUCUGGCACAAACAUUGCAUUUGCGGUGAUUUGCGUCCAAAGUGCAAAUGUGUGCAGAAAAGGAAAAGAACAAUAAGUCGCAGUUACUUUGGGAGAAAAGAGUUAAGACUGACUUGAUGUGUUCUCUUCAUAGGAUUCGUCUGUGCAUAUGUCCUUUGUCAAAUGUUGCCCUUGUGGACAUACUGCAUUGAAUAGUGUUGCAGUACGUUUACUGGCAUCAUAAUUAAUUAAUUUUCAUUUUUUCAGAUGUGUAGCUGCUAAGCAGCGAAAGUGUGUACUCAGAGCGCUAUAGUAAUCAGGCCAAAUUCCCUUUUGUAGGGAAAGACAGAACUCAUCAGAUUGAGGGAUUGAUUGUGUACGAAAACCUGAGUUACUCUCUCAGGCGACAGCGGUUGCUAGCAAAGCCUGGGCUGGUGUUGACUGCGUGCAGUCAUGCUUGGGUGUCCAUGAGACAGUGAUGGCAGCUCCCCUUGCAGGUUUGUGGUGGGGGCUUCAAGGAGUGUAAGCGUCUGCUAUGCCAUGAUCAGCAAACCAUGACUCCCGUGGCCUGGUAUGUUCUGACAGUUCUCUGGCACCUAACUUCCUGCCGGUGGAUCCCCGUGCGUUCUCAUUGGGUGCACAGGUCGUGAGCACGGCUGUCCAACCAUCCUCAUCGUCUUCCUGACCCGUCCUGGUGUUGUAAUUGUUGGUUAAAAUGCUGCUCAAGUGUGUGUUGUGGACCAGGGUGUGUGGUGGUAUGCCUAGUUGCGGGUCUGGCCGUGCCAGUCAACUGCGCUCUCCCUCACCUCCGGUCUUCUUGACUGCCCCUUGACAUCGGGCUCAGAUGAGGAGGAGGAGGAGGAGGAGGAGGAGGACGACGACGACGACGACGACGACGACGAAGAAGAAGAAGAAGAAGAAGAAGAAGAAGAAGAAGAAGAAGAAGAAGAAGAAGAAGAAGAAGGAGAAGGAGGAGGAGGAGGAGGAGGAGGAGGAGAGAGUGUCGUAGAUGCUGUGCAAGCCUACUACUGUUUACCUCUUGUGUAG